GAUCAACACCAUCAACCAUGGCCUCCAUGUAUCUACGCGUUAAACGCCAAAAGACCACAUGGUUCGUCGAGGCCCAACCUCAAGACACUGUCCAACAACUAAAGACAAAACUAGCCACCACGCUAAAUCGUGAAAAGGAUGCAAAAGAUUUGCGAUUACAAGUACCAGGGAAGCAACCUGGGACGUACUCUCCACUUGAUGACACUGCGGUGCUGGAGCAAAUUGGGUUGGUGGAUGAUGCUGUUGUGUACUUGAGUUUUUGGAUCGCUGGUCAAUCCAAUCCUUCGGAUGGGAAAUGGGAGCCGGUAGAGGUGCCGGACUUUGAGCCAUUGAAUGACGAAGAAGGGGUUGAGGAAGGCGGAAGCGGAAAAGGGAAGGCGGCCGCCUAACCUUGAUACGAACGAACUGUGCUUAACCGCUCGUCUGCCCCCCCGAGCGCGACAAUGUUUUAAUGCCAUGCGCGUCGGAUAGGACGAAUUUCCUCGCUAGCAUUCCCUCGCCCUUAGAUUAACCUAUACCUUUUGUACAUAUAUCUAAUACCAUCAAUCCAGCUUUUUGUUUUCUUGCAAUGCUUGGACCCGA